CCUUUAACUAACAUAUGUUUUUUAAAAUUGUACCUAGCUUGUGCAAUAAAAAAUUUCACACAUUUCUAGUAUUAAAAUCCAAGACAAAGUUUAUAAAAGACAUAUCAAAACUGAGUAAGGAUGAAAAAUACGAUUUGAUUAAAAAGAAAUAUAUUGUUAAAGAUAAGAAAGUAAAUACUACUAAGUCUAAACCAUGCUUGAUUUGGCAAUGUAUGAGUUUGAAUGAAAUUUCAGAAUCAAUGCAGAAACCUAUAAGUGAAGUUUUUGAAAUAAUGUCUUAUAUUAAGGGUUUAGAGAACUUCAAACAUCCUUUUCAAAGAAUUGAUGAUAUCAAAAUUAUAAACCAAAUUUAUAAAUCUAUACAAAAGAAAACAAUUGUUAUUAAAGAUCCCAAAGUAGAGAUUGUACAAGAAAUAGUGAAAUUUCAAGAUUUUGUUAAACAGCCAGAUCCUGAUCCCACAAAACUCAGAAAAAGAUGUCCUGUUGUUGUUAUUAUAGGACAUGUCGAUCAUGGUAAAACAACAUUGUUAGAUAAAAUUAGAAAAACAUCCAUGGUAGAUAAAGAGUUUGGAGGUAUUACUCAACACAUAGGAGCUUUUACAGCCAAAUUAGAUGAUCAACCGCUUGAGAAUAAUUUGAUAACUUUUGUGGACACCCCGGGCCACGCCGCUUUCGCCAGCAUGAGAUCUCGCGGUUGUCGCUUGACCGAUAUAGCAAUCCUUGUGGUGGCGGCCGACGACAGCGUAAUGGAGCAGACGAUACAAUCUAUCCGAUUCGCUAACGAGUGCAAAGUUCCGAUCAUAGUUGCCAUCAAUAAAAUCGACAAAGAAAAAUCAGACAUAGAAAAGGUUAAAAGAGACCUUUCAGGUUUCGGUGUCACUGUCGAAGAUUACGGCGGAGACAUACAAGCUGUUCCUAUAUCCGCUUUAAAAGGCACUAAUAUAGACCAAUUACUAGAAGCCAUUAUGGCUGAAGCUGAAAUACUGAAUAUCAAAGCUGACUACGAAGGUCUGGUUGAAGGAGUUAUCAUCGAGUCCAAAAUUGAUAAGAAUAGAGGAGUCUUAUGCAGCGCCAUUAUUCAUCGCGGGACGCUCAGCAAAGGGGAUAUCCUCCUUUCACUCCCUGCCUCUUCUCCUAUCAAUACCAUCCAAACGCAAGAAACUGCUAGUCAACUACCCGAACACACCAAUCAAUUACCCAUGUGGGCCAGGGUGAGAGCCAUGUUUGAUCAAGAUGGUCGAACUCUACAUCAAGUUACCCCGGGUCUACCUGUAGAGAUCGUGGGCUGGAAAAGCAGCGGAGAUAGCUCGGGAGGCGAACUACCAGCCGUCGGUUCCACCUUAUACCAAGUUGAAAAUGAGGAUAGAGCCAAGGAAAUAAUCAGGUUUAGGACUGAUCUUGAAAAGGUGGAAAAACUUGAAAACGAUUGGAAGAUCAUUGACUUAAAGCGGAAAGAACAUUUAGUCAACUAUAAAAAAGAUUUGGAAAUGAAGAAAGCUCUGAAAUUCAAAAAUUUGCCGAAAUCCUUGUCUUCUCAGCAAUACGAUAGCCAGAAGGAGGAAGAUAAUCUUUCGCUCCUAAAAGCCAACAAGCCCCGUUUUUCCAUCAUAUUGAAAGCUGAUGUCAUGGGAUCUGUAGAGGCCAUACUCGACAUAUUACAAACGUUUGACGAGACUCGCAAUCAUUGCUCCUUAAAUAUCUUGCAUUACGGAAUAGGACCUGUCACCGAUUUUGACAUAGAAUUAGUCGAAACAUUUAAAGGCGUUAUCUACACAUUUAAUAUCGGAGAUGAUAAUAAUAAGCACGGUAAACACAUUUCUACGCGUAUAAAAAAUCACAAAAUCAUUUACAAGCUUCUAGAUGAUUUGGUCCAGGAAAUGACCCAAAUUAUGCCCUUGUUAGAUAAAGAAGAAAUUUUAGGUGAGGCUAGAGUUCACCAAGAAUUCGUUAUAACGGAAGGCAAGAAUAAAGUACGUGUGGCUGGAUGUAUGGUCGAAAAUGGUUUUAUAUCUAAAAAAUGCGAUAUCAUUCACGUUAUCAGAGCCGACAAUAUUAUUUACAGAGGAAAAAUAAGGACUCUAAAACAUUUUAAAACGGAGGUCGAUAGCAUCAGUAAAAAUAACGAAUGUGGCUUGUCUUUAGAAGAUGAUAACGGUAUCGAGUAUAAACCCGGUGAUAUUAUUAAAUCUAUAUCUAUCAAGAAAAUAACGCCGAAAAUACAAUGGGAUAUGGGUUUUUAACGUUUACAAAAUUAUAUUUAUAAGCAAUAAUCA